GUGACACAGUCAUCUGUAACAAGGAUGCUAAGAGACUGAUAGUUUUACAACAAGGUCACGGAGGCUGGAAUGAUGGAAUGGCGAAGAAAGGAACAGUCCAGGAAAUAGACGAAGACGGAGCCGGGGAUGUACAUGUCAUCUUUGAUGAUAAGCAGAAAUGGCGCUUUAAUCCUAAUGCUCUAGACAAAUGUAAACGUUUUGAUGUAGGUGACACAGUCAUCUGUAACAAGGACGCUGAGAGCAUGAAAGCUUUACAACAAGAUCACGGAGGCUGGAAUGAUGGAAUGGCUAAGGGAACGGUGUGUGACGUAGACGAAAACGAAAACGCAGUAGUCGUCUAUGAAGACAGGGAGAAAAGGACGUUUAAUCCCCUGGCUCUAGUGAAAUUGGAGAACAAGCUGGCAGAUAUGAUGAAAGAUGACAUUGUCAAACAAGUGCUUGACCUUAACAUCCCGGAGAAUUUGGUCAAGAAAACUUUAGAGAAAAGACUAGCAGAGACUGGCGAGCAGUUUGAAAGCGUUGAAUCUUUGACACAGGCUGUACUUCAGGAUAAUUGUAGCAGUGACAGUCCUUCUGCAAUACAGGUGGAGAGACAGCCGUGUACGAUCUGCAUGGACAGUGAGGCUGUCAUCACGUUCGUGCCGUGUGGUCACCUGACCUGCUGUGGCACGUGCGCUGCUGUCAUUGACAACUGUCCCAUCUGUCGCAGUCCCAUCGAGAGGCGAAUCAGAACUUUCGUCGCGUAGAUGCAGCUACCUGCAAACAAUAAAAGU